GCCACGACUUGAUACUCUUAUUCUCUGUUUUUGAAAGGUACCAAUAAGGGGAGACGCCAUGGCAGAUUACUUUGAGGAAGAGAGUUCUUAUGAAUCAAGCCAAGGCUCCGAUCUUGAUGAAGCCGACCAAGCUUGGUCCGAUGAAGAGGAUGGCUGUGAUGGGUCAUGUUCUGAUGAUAACUACUCUAUGUCAGAGUAUGGAGACGAUCCUGCUGAAGCAUAUCCUGAACCAGAGCCACCUGAUUACUCACAUGGAGAUACCAGCUACCAAGGAGAGUAUGAGGGAGAAACUGAAUCAAAUAUCAGUUUCAAUAAAGGAGAUGAAUGCCAUGGAGAAGAGACAGAAGGUGAUGAUCCUGAAGCUGACCAGGAAGGCUCAUGGCAAGAGGAAGCUGAUUCUGAAAUCAGUUUAGAAGAGGCAAAUGAGCAUGAGGAAAAUUUCUCUAAAACGGAAGAAGUCUAUGAAGAUGUUGAUGGAGGAGAAGCAAGUUUCCAAUCUGUUAAAGAAGAAGUUGGAGACGAGUCUCAUGCUGAAGGCAUACCCUGGUGUGAAGUACCUUACUCUGACCAGGAGGAUGAGUACCAAGACGAAACUGGCUCACAAACCAGUGUAGGAAACUCUGAGGGAAACUAUGGAGGAAAGCCAGACUCUCAACAAGACAUUGCUGAAGAAGAAGAGGCCUUAAGUGAGGCUGGAAGAAAUGAUGAUCAACCUGGUUACAUCAUCUUUGCAGGCCAUCAUCAAGGACCAGAAGCAUACUUGUGCUGGGAGAAAGAUAUGGAACAUUGGUUUGAUUCUAACCAAGUCCAUGAAGAGGAUAAGACAGCCAUUGCCGAAGACACUCUCACUGAAGAUGCCUUUAGAAAGUGGGAACAAGAUGCUUACUGGCGACUUGCCUAUGAUGAACCAGAAGCUACUUGGCAAGAAAUGAAAGAACUCUUGUAUGAAGAAUAUGUGAAAGGAGCUGGAGAUGAGCUGUUGAAUCAGAUACGGGUCUAUACUAAUCUUGAACCAAGGCGGCUGAUAUUGGCAAAAAGGCCAAAUCGAAAGGCUAAGCUCAAAAAUGCUCACGACCUAAAGCUACACCAGGAGUCUACACUCAUCAUCAAGGGAGCAACCGAGCAUACAACAGCAGCAAGGGCCAGUGCCGUGCAAGGAGUUCCAACUCCACAAGCCAAAACUCGAGAGCUAAGUACAAAGCCAUUGCCUAAGUUCCAUGAGAAGAAGAAACCAAGCUGAUUAUGCAGGUCUAAAUAAGGACCAGGAGGACGUGGUUUCAAGGUUAAAAC